CAAUAUUUAUGCAGAAAGCUGCACAUUAAACAGGGCCAAUAAUACAGACGAUGCAAAACCAUCUGUUUGGCAGCACUAUCAAAAAGGUAUAAUAACUGUGACAACAGUGCUUUAUCAGAGUAAGUCAAACAACAAAAUAUAAUAAAAGUGAUCAAGACCAGAGCAAGCACAUGAUAUGUACAGCUUUGUUCAUUACCCAUCCAUCACGCGAAACAAAGUUCCCAUCGCGCACCUAAGAAACGCCUACCUUUGCCAUUCCUGUUCCCGCGACCUUCAACACCCUCAUCUCGAGAGACGCCGGCACCAGCAGUGGCUGGCCAUGGCAGAGCUGGGCGGCAUGCUUGCCGCUGCCAUCAUCAAGGUGGUGGCCGAGCAGAUUGGCUCUGCGAUCGGAAGUCAGAUCGUACUGCAGAAGAACUUCAAUGAGGACCUCAAGAAGAUGAAGAUGGCACUGGAGAGCGUUGAUGCCGUGCUCGAGGAAGCUGAGAGGCGGUCAAUAACGGAUAAGGUGACGCGUCUGUGGCUGAAGCGGCUUAAGAACUUCAUGUAUGAGAUCUCCGACAUGAUAGAUGAGUUUGAAGCAGACACACAAGCCAUCGCCCGGCCGUCACCGCAGAAAGUACCAACUGUUUUGCAGUUUUCCUUCAAAAAAUAUUUGGCAAUAAUUAUGAUCCCUUGUCUCACAAUUGGUCCCAAGAUUACAAUGGCCAAUAAGAUGAAUAAGAUGAGGAAGGGUCUGGAGGUGAUAACAGGUCAGCACAAGGAAUUCAAAUUAACUGAAUGCACUAAUGCCAAUGAGCAAACAGUUACUGAUGUACGGGAAACAUCGUCAAAAUUGGAGAGACACAUCGUUGGGAGGACCAAGGAGAAAGAUAAAAUAUUGGCUUAUUUAUCUGAAAGCAUGAUAAACGAGAUCACUGUCCUUCCAAUAUAUGGCAUUGGAGGCCUUGGCAAGACAACCUUGGCAAAAAUGGUUUACAAUAGUCCCCAAUUCAAAGAAUACUCUCAAGUUUGGGUUUAUGUGUCCCAGACAUUUGAUUUGAAGAAAAUUGGUAACUCUAUAAUAUCACAGCUAUCAGAGAAAAAUAGGGAGAUUGCGUACACUGAAAAGCAGAUGAUAGACAAUUACCUUCAAAAGCUCCUUGCCAAUAAGAAUAUUCUGAUUGUUUUAGAUGACUUGUGGGAAAACAAUAAAUCUCAUUUGGAAGAGUUGUUGGGUAUGUUAAAGGUUGGGGAGAGCGGAAAGGUGGUUGUUGUAGUAACCACACGCUAUGAAGACAUUGCAAAGAAAAUUUGUACUAUUCAACCUCACAAAUUAGCACCACUAAAAGAUGACGAGUGCUGGACUAUCAUAAAGCAAAAGAGUGACUUUGAAUCGAGAUAUGACCAACAAGAGUUGCGGCACAUAGGGAAGGACAUUGCAAGUAAGUGUCGAGGUGUGGCUUUAGCGGCCCAAUCACUUGGACACAUGCUGCAUUCUCUCCCGUUCGACGAAUGGGAGUCGGUGAGAAACAGUGAUUUCUGGAAUUUAUCUGAUUCAGAAGAUACAAGUUCGACACAUACUAUAGGAGUGAAUUUCGAAAAUGAUACAUUGUUCACUAUGCAUGAUUUGGUGCACGAUCUAGCAAGAUUGGUCAUGGCCGACGAAAUACUUGUCUCUAGCAAACAAGGCAACACUAGGGGAAGCUGCUGCCACUUCGCAUUGCUCAAUGAUUGUCGCAAGCCAUUGGAGUCAUCCAAGAUAAGAGCACUCCGUUUUCUAGGUUGUGAAGAAUAUAAACUCCAUGAUGCCGCAUUUUCCUCCGCUAUAUCCUUGCGUGUCUUGGACUUAAGUGAGUGCACUAUACAUAAUUUGGCAUACUGUAUUGGUGAACUGAAGCAACUGAGAUAUCUUAAUGCUCCAAGAAUCCAAGAUGCAAAGAUUCCGGACAGUAUCACCAAGCUCUCAAAAUUAAUUUACCUAAACCUUCAUGGAUCUCCUACAAUGUUAGCACUACCAGAGUCAAUUGGAGAAAUUGAGGGUCUACUGUAUCUUGAUUUGUCAGGUUGUUCUGGAAUUGCAAAACUGCCAGAAUCAUUCAGAAGGCUACAAGAAUUGGUGCAUCUGGAUAUGUCAAAUUGCUCCUCUGUUGGAGGUAUAUCGGUGUUCUUGGAGAGCCUCACACAACUAGAGUAUUUGAACUUAUCAUGCUGCCAAAAUAUUGGAGACAUACCGAAAGCUCUGGGAGGCCUAUACAAACUGCAGUAUUUGAACUUAUCAAACAGCUCCUAUCUUCAAUGUUGUCAAGAAGCAGAAUUUUUGGGUGCCCUCACCAAGCUCGUGUAUUUGAACUUAUCUUCGUGGUAUUGUGAACUUCAAAAGCUCCCUGAAGCUUUGGGCAGAUUCACUCAACUCAAGUACUUAAACUUAUCAGGUUGGCGAGAUUUGGCGAAAUUGCCAAGAUUAUUUGGGAGUCUAAAACAUUUGGUGCAUCUUGAUUUAUCACAUUGUUCCAUGAUUGAUCGUCUACAUGAAGCUUUAGUUGGUCUUAUCAAUCUUAAAUACUUGAAUUUAGAAUAUACACGCCUCAAUUUGCUGCCAGAUGAUCUGACCAAACUCCGGUAUUUAAAUCUAUCCAAUCUAAGAAACAUGCAGGAAGAUGCCUUUGACAGUCUCAUCAACCAUAUAUGCAGUAAUCUUUCCGAUCUAGAGUAUUUGGACUUGUCUGCUAAUUAUGAUAUUAAAAGAAUACCUGAAAGUAUUUGUAGCCUCACAAAGUUGCAUACAUUGGACCUCUCGAGAUGCAAUUUGAAGAAGGUACCAGAAAGUAUACAUACAAUUGGUAGUUUGAAGUUUCUUUAUUUAAAGGGAUGUGACCGUUUUUUCAGAAAGCCUCAACUUGGUGGCAGUACAGUAUCAUUACCAAAAUUUAUUGUGCGUGCUGGUGAUGAUGAAUCCGGCAGCAAUCUUGUCCUGCUACAACCCACAUAUCCUGUUGAGCUGCAGAUAAUUAAACUUGAAAACGUGAAGUCUACAGGAGAGGCACAUAAUAUAAGAUUAAUUGAAAAGAAAAGCCUUCAAGACUUGAAUCUGGAGUGGACUCGAGGUGUUAAGAGAUUUGUGGAUGACAAAAUGUUGCUAGAAAAACUAGUUCCACCAAGCACAUUAAGGAAAUUGGAGAUAUGUGCUUAUAAUGGUAUCAGCUUUCCAUCCUGGCUAGCGGGCCAACUACCAAACCUCCAGUUUCUAGUUCUCAGAGAUAUGGCAAACCUUGAAGAGUGGAACACGUCAUACUCCACUAGUGAGGAGCACGUGUUUCAAAAAGUGGAAAUACAUGGUUGUCCCAUGUUAAGGAUGAAACCGCAUCUGCCUAAAUCAAAAUCCUGGGUGAUAGAACACAGUGAUAAUGUGUUGACAUCAUGGGAUGAAUGCACUGUGUCACACACUAGUGCUUCUUCCUCUUCUUCUCCUGUAACUACUUGGUUGUCGGUUCAAUACUGCAAGGUGCCACUGCAUCAGUGGAGGUUGCUUCGACACUUCCCUGGACUACCUUCUUUGUCAAUUCACAACUGCGGUGAUCUAACCGGCUCACCAGAAAUUACCCAACGUCUAUCCUCUGUGGAGACACUAUGCCUAGGAGACAAACACAUGGAAGAACUACCGAAAUGGUUGGGUGAGCUCAAAUCUCUAGAGAAUCUAGAUAUAAUAAGUGGCGAUGGAGUAGCGGAGUUGAAUGAGAACAUGAGGCAACUCACAAAGCUACAAGCACUAGAACUGAACUUGUGCAACAACAUAACACUGCCGCCUUGGUUAGGCGAAUUAACAUCUCUCAAGGAACUUAACAUAGCUCACAAUGGAGUCUUGAGGUCUUUGCCGGCAAGCAUACAACAACUCACCAGGCUCCAGGAAAUACAAAUUAUUAACUGCCCUGCACUAGAGCACGUGGCUGUUGAAUCAGAGGUCGGAAAGAUGAAGCUCAGUCACAACCAAGAAAGGGUAUGUGUCCUGCCCACCUCUCUCAAGCGACUUAGUAUCAGUUAUUGUAAUGGUAUCAAGUCUUUGCCUCAGGGCAUACAUCAACUCACAAACCUCCAAGAACUAGACAUUUCUAACUGCCAUGGACUAGAGCAGUGGUGUGAAUUAGAGGAGAACAAGAUGAAGCUGGCUCACAUAGAAAAGAAGGUAUGUGUUCUGUGGCGCUCUUCUUCAUACUAAUCUUAUUUUGCAAUCCUUCCUCUUUCUUAUUUUCUUGAAGUUCUUUUCUUGAUGUUAUUAGAAUAUAAUAUAUUCAGUCUUGCCUUUCUUAUUGGGUUCUUUGAUGCGGAGAUGUCUAUUGGAUAGUCAUGCACUUUUCCCAGUACUUUUCCUUUUGUUAAAUAACACCUCAGUUUGCAAAAUAUGGCAAUAUCAAUUAGACGACUUAUAUGAUUUUUAGAGUACGUCUAGUGAUUGUGUUCCACUACCAAUGUAGAGAUGGACAUAGUAACUUUGGGAUUUGCAGCACCGGCCAGUGCAUUGCACUUGGAUCCAUUUGUUUGUUGAUUUGAACAAAACAUUACCUGAUGUAUAACUCUUAUCACUCAUAUGAACCAGAAUCCAAGCUAAUCAAAUAACUAUCAUUAUUUAUUUUGUAGGAAUUUUACUGGGGUUAGUGACCUAGACGGCGUACAUACAGCCACCAAGUUGCAAAGCAAGACCUGUCAGAUUUUGUCCAGAGUAAAGAAAGAAAGAGUUAUGGGAAGCAGUGACAGGUUUGCAAGAUUCAACCGUAUUGAUCAAGCCUCUUGGACCUUCCACAUGAUUGCACAAACGUACGGUUUGGUGUUUCAUGAUCUUAAACAUGUCAUGGACACUCGAUUUGAUCUUAAAUGUAGGGUUUAACACUAUUUCACAAUCACCUUAUCUGCAGCAUGGAACUGGGGUCUUGAGCCCCCAAAUUGAUUUCCAUGGGGGGCCAGGCUGCACGUCAUCAUCCUGUACAAUUGUCCUCGACUGGUGUUACUUGUAAUCCGGGAGAGGAACCGUAUUUUGCAAGGUUACUUGGUGCUAACCAUACCAUGGUCACAUGACAGUAGUACAAUAACAGUGGUCAUCGUCUUACCCGAUUGGUCGGCCAGCAGCUCCGCCUACCAAGCGUCUCCGACGAGGCGCGCGUGGCGUGACCUCAAUCACCCGCAUCCUCUCAUACCGGGGAUGCAUGGAGGAGAUAGAAUUACGGCAGGCCCCCCGCUUGGAGGAAGUGGGCAGCGGAGGAGUAUUCCGGCCGGCCGGCGAGCUGGGCGCCGUGUUCUCUGGGAUUUGGGGAUCGAGCAGUGAAGAGGACGAGUCUUUUUUUUUCAGCAACAGAGGACCAGCCUAUUGUUUUUUUUUUGUUUGAGGGGGGUACCAGCCUAUUGGUAUCGGUACCCAUUUUGGGCUCGAUUUGGUUAAGCGAUCCAUCUGUUAGGCCCAGCCCACCGCCGACCAAUCCAGUUUUUUUUUUUUUUUUUGCGAAUAGACCAGUCCAGUUUAAUGACUGGACUGGUUCAUCCAUCUGAGUGGACCUAUUUGAGGGUAGUUAUGUUGAAACUGGGAUUUACAAACAGAUGGGUCAAUAUUGUUAUGAGUGUGGUCACCUCAGUUUCUUUUUUAAUACUAUUUAAUGAGCAGAAGCUUGAUGCUAAACCAACACGUGAAAUCUGUCAGGGGAUCCUAUCUCACCAUACCUCUUUUUGCUCGUAGUAGAGGGCCUUUUGUGCCUUUUAAAAACCAGUGUUCAGUCAUCUAAUCUUAGUGGCAUCCAAGUGGCAUCAUCGGCUCCACCAGUACAUACAGCCUGCUUUUUUUAAAGCAAAUAAUGAGGGAGCUGAGGAUGUUUCUCUUUUGUUAGAGACAUAUGCAAAAGCUUCGGGCCAGAGAAUAAAUAAAGAUAAAUCCUCCCUUUUCUUCAGUAUGGGGUGCCCUAAGGAGGUAAGGGUGAACAUUACGAAUAUUUUGCAAGUCCCAAAUGAGAAACCAGAUGAAAAAUCCAUUGGUAUGCCCUCAGAUGUGGGGAGGAGCUUUCAAAUAUCUUAAAGAUAGAUUAUGGAGCAGAAUAAAAGGUUCAAUGGAAAAGCUCCUAUCUUCAGCUGGUAAAGAGGUAUUACUUAAAUCAGUAGCCCAAGCACUGGCAGUUUAUUCCAUGUCAUGUUUUAAACAUCCCAGAUGUUUAUGCCAGCAGUUAACUUUGGUGUUUAAAGCUUUCUCUGGUGGCGUAGUAAGC